CGCAUCUAUGGCUGCAAGCUGUAGGUUCAUAUUUCCUUAACAUUAGCAAUCUCUGGAUAUACUGCUAAGAGAAGCUUCGAAAUGAUCCCAGGGAUCAAUGUUCCCUUCGAGUAUGUGGGCAAAACCCUCGGUGCUUCCGUCGACGAGCUCAAGCUGCUCAGCUGCUUCUUACUCUCCUAUCCUCUCGCUGCCAUUCUCAAACGGUUACCGGAUAAUUCACCGCAGCUACGGAAUCUAUUUGUGGUCGCUGGCUCCCUGUUCUAUUUCGUCGGUCUGUUCGACCUAUGGAGUGGAAUAUGGACCUUUCUUGUCGCGUCUGGCGGCACAUACGCCAUAGCAUACUACAUUGACGGGUCUCUGAUGCCAUGGAUUGUGUUCGUGUUCCUCAUGGGGCACAUGUCAAUAAGCCACAUCCAUCGACAGAUGAUUGACGAUGCCAGCUUGGUGGAUAUAACAGGAGGACAAAUGGUUUUGAUCAUGAAGCUACACGCGUUCUCUUGGAACGUCCAUGAUGGCAGGCUGAAACCUGAGCUUCUCAAUGACAACCAGAAAGAUCGUGCCAUAUACAAGAUGCCCAACCUCUUGGACUAUGCAGGCUAUGUGUUUUUCUUUCCUUCGGUGUUCACGGGUCCAGCAUUCGACUAUGUUGACUACCAUCGGUGGAUUGAAACGUCCAUGUUCGAUGUCAGGCCAGGAGAAAAGGGCCCGGCAACCCGAAAAGCUCGCCGAAUACCUCGGUCUGGUCGACCUGCUGCAUACAAGGCCGUCGCGGGCGUGCUCUGGAUCUUACUCUUCCUCAACUUCAGUGGCUGGUACAACGUCAAACUGCUCCUGUCGGACGAGUACAUGAAAUAUUCGUUCCCACGUCGAGUAUGGCUGAUGUACAUGCUCGGCUUCACGUCUCGUCUCAAAUAUUACGGUGUCUGGUCUCUCACAGAGGGGGCCUGUAUCAUGGCCGGCAUAGGCUACAAUGGUAUGGAUCCGAACACGGGCAAACCUCUCUGGAAUCGUUUGGAGAAUGUCAACGCAUGGGGCAUUGAGACGGCGCAGAACUCGCGCGCAUAUCUUGACAACUGGAACAAGAACACCAACAAAUGGCUCCGUAACUACAUCUACCUACGAGUUACGCCCAAAGGAAAGAAACCAGGCUUCCGUGCCACAUUGGCCACGUUCGUCACUUCUGCACUUUGGCAUGGUUUCUACCCUGGCUACUACCUUACCUUUUUGCUUGGUGCGUUCGUCCAGACCGUGGCGAAGAAUUCCAGACGCUAUAUACGUCCAUUCUUCCUUACCCCUGACGGCACAAAGUCGACAAAGUACAAGAUCUACUAUGACAUCGCCGGCUACCUCGUCACACAGUUCACAUUCAGUUUCGUCACUGCACCGUUUGUUAUUUUGGGAUUCAAUGACUCCCUAAAAGCGUGGGGUCGAGUGUACUUUUAUGCCAUCAUCGAGAUUGGUGUGGCGAUGGCCUUUUUCGCUUCGCCGGCAAAGAAAUGGUUGGUGGCCAAGCUCGACAAGCGCAACCACCCGUACAUCCGAAAGACGGUGUCUCAAGAGACGAAUUACCCGCCUUUGCUCGGUCUUCCGAGUGACCCUGGGCGUGAGAUCGACGAGGCCAUUGACGAGAUUCGCCAGGAAGUCGAGACCAGACGCAGGAGGGGGAGCAGAGUCACGAUGCCGACUGGGGAGAGCUUGAAGAGGGAGAUUGAAGCAAGGACGGGGAGGAAGAUACAAUUCCCCGACUUCAAGUUUGGCCAGGCCGCCGCUGCGAGCGGAUCUAGCCUUGCACCAGGCACUGAACAAAAGAUUGAGAAAGUGAGGGCCAAGAAAGAUGAAGGAGGAGCAGGUCUUGCACCCACGAACCCGCCGGGCAAGUAAUCGACAUUGACGAUUGGCAUAUAGAGAGUACGGAGUAAACGCAGCCAUCAUCAUCAUCAUCGUAGGUGAGAUAUAUUUGUGUCUCAACAGGUUGGAAGGAAAUCAAGUAUCGACGAG